AUGUCGCCUAGGAAUGUGUCGCUACAAUUGAGUUUAGGGAAGCGUAAUCAUCUCGGCCACCGAUACCAGAUGCCGUUUGCAGGGCUCCUGACUUACAUUCUGCUCCCCUCUUUUUUCCAACCCGCUUGUCAUUUGGCCGAUGCCGGCGAAACGUUUGGGAAUGUACCCAGCCAAUGGUCCAAUGCUGGAAAUCACGAAUGCUACGGCAUAGAACACGGGUCUAGGUAUAUUUCACAAGGUCUCUGA